AUGGAAUGUGUGGAAAGCAGACGACAUGUAAACAAAACACGUUCACGCUGGUGAACUCGGCCGACCCCGAGCAAACAACGCGACGGAAAGUGAUGACUAUUCUCAGAGUCAUAAAGUCAGGCGAAAAAGCGUUCUGCGCUGUUAUUGGAGAAGCAAUGAACAGUACAAAGUAGGCCUGUAGAAGAACCAAUCGCUGGCACGGAGGCUGAAGUAAGAUAGUCGAAAAUAUGGGUGAUCUAGACGACUACCUACCAUGCUACAAAAAGAAUGACUACGAAGUUGCCGCAACUAAAAAACUACUGUCUCUUAGUGCAGAAUAUCCGAAAGAGCGAGGAGACCCUGGUUGCCUAGCAGCGGCUUCUUGUAAAAAGACAAGAGACAAGUCUUAUCUAGAAGAAAAAGGAACUUCAAAUGAAACAUCUGAGAACUCAGAAAUGGAACAAGAACCGAAAACUGUGCUGACAUCAGCUAAAAUCUAUGAACUGCUUCGACUGAAUGAUAGAAAUGAAAAUGUUGCUCUCGAUUUCUGCAGAUGGCAGUUAUGCCCGACUAUUCAUGCAGAUACUGUCAAUUACGGCAUCGUUGAUGCAAGCCGGCUGAAACCCAGAAUUAAAAAAUUCAGCCAAUUUAGUCGUAAUGUCAACAGCGCCACUGGUAAACUAUGCUCACGAGCAUCCACAACACCAUCUAAACUGAAGACAAGUCAAAGUUCCCGAUCAAACAGUCAUCAGAGACCAAGUAGUGUGUCAUCACGUCCAAGUAGUAACAGUCGCAGAGAAGAGUUGGGAGGAUGGCAGGAACCUCCUCCUCCGAUACCAAUAGAAUACAGCUUUAAGUAUCUCAAACACUCAAGACAGUACUCAGAUCAAUAUAGAGAAGUGUACACGUACAGCAAGAUUCGGCAAAAAAGUCUAGGACGAUGCUCCUUCAUUACUGGAGUAACUAUCCCACAACAAAGGUUAGCAACCUGUAUGAAAGGCAAAGCAGUGAUGAGUGGUAAAUCAGUUCCAUCAACCACACCAACUUGUUCUGAUCCAGACCAACUCAAGUCAUCGAUGAUCAACUGGCAAUUAAAUCAACAACUACUGGAGUCCUGUGAUGUGGAGCUGUCUGUCAAUAAUCCAUCCCCUACUGAGAUUGCCAUGUUGUCUAAGAUUCCUCAUAUCCAUCGAUCUUCACCAUCCAUACCAAGCAAUACUAACGGCAAGUAUGGUGGAAAGGGCACAGAUAAGCCAUACCCAUUUCAACUCAACAUUUCUGCUGAUGCCAAGACAGUUAUUGCUCCAACUGUCAAGAGAGUUGGUCGUCCCAUCUACAUUCACUGACAAUCUCUUGAGAAUUAUAACAAUGGGAUCAGAUAUUGAUAAAAAUAUAAGUUCAGAAAAUUCAGCUUGGGGUUGACGAAGAUCCGAUGCCACUAUCCUUUUGCCACGUUUGAUUGCCUUAAAUGUCUAACUCUAGCUGCAAAUGUUAUGAAAUUCAUUGCAUUGUACAUCAUUUGACUCUGAAUCACCAUAUUCAUUCUCUUUUUAAAGUGUCACAAAUGAGUAGAGAUUUAAUAAAUGAGAAUGAAAUUAAGUAUUGUUCAAAUUCUCUCAGUGGUUAAACAAUUGUUUUGAAUGAAAUUUAAAGAUUAAUUUGAAUUCAUGCAAGUUAGAAAUGCAAUAAAAUAGUUUUCAAGAGGUAAUAAAUGACUUUCUCAUGUUUUAUGAAAUGAUUUGAGUACAAACUAUUUCCUCUAGAGCAAAAGCAGAUCAAGAACCAAAGUUUUUUUAGGGGGUGGAAUUAGAAAUGUUUUCAUUUUACUUUUAAUGAUCUCUCUGAGCCGUGAGACUUCAUUUUGGUUUUUGCAUGUUUUUAAAGAAAGGGAAAGCAAAUAGACACAAAAAUGUGCUUUUCUGUCAUUUUUCAAGAAAGAAAACAUUGGGCUUGUUUUUGGAAGACCAUGGCCCUGUUUCCUCCCCCCUCUACCUUUUGUUUUGGAGUUGUCUCUGCGGCACUCUACAAGGAACAAGGCACUUAGCUGUUUCAAACAUG